GGGUCGAAUUCCGUUUAAUCAAAACAAAAAAGUCCGCAAAAUGAGCAAAGAUCCAUCAAAUGAAAUGAAGGAAAUUCAAGCCUUACAAACCCUUCUGAAGGCGUCAAAUAUAAAAGGAACACCGGAAGACGUCAUAAAUACUUUCAAGAAUCCGCGAUAUGAUAAAAAGAAGUUGCUUCAACUCGUUCAGAUACUUUUCAACAAUGACGCCAGUUUUAUCGGCGAAUUCCAGAAGAGUGCAGAACAAAGUGGCAAUCAUGCCGCCUUGAUGGCAAUUCUAAAAAAAUACGCUUCGGAAAAUCAACCCAAGGUUGUCGUCAAAGAAAAAAUUAAGAAAAGCAUCAGUUUUCAGUCGAAUGAAACGGCGCCACCGCAACAACAGCUCUCUGCAAAUAAUUACAACAAAUCCGUGUUCGAGACACCGAAAAUCUCGUCGACCAAAAUUAUGUCCGGAAAUUCGCCAGACAAUUCCGUACUUGUUGAUUUUGAGAAUAUAAAAGUAAAUCGCUCCGCUGCCUUGUGGAAUUUCAAUGAUUUCCAGGAAAAUGCCUCGUAUAAGCGAGUUGCCACUGUUGGAAUCCCAUUUUCGUCGCAAGAGACCCUCGUGGUAAAGGAAGUUUUGUAUUGCUUGGUGGGCAUCAAGAGUUCAAUGAUUGUGCCGCGAAUUAGUGACAAUCCCGACAGCAGUAUCCAAGUCGAGUUCAGUGUUAGUUCCGAAAUUUCCGAGACCCUGAGAGAUUUGGUACAAGAAAUCACCCCGUUAGCAAGUUACUACUCCAAUAUCCAGGCGUUUGUGCAGUACGCGAUACUGCCAAAGAACGGUCAAGUGCUGCACAGUCUCUCGGAUGCCCUGAAAAAUACCAUUAAUGAUUAUUACAUGUCGAUUGCACGCUUGGAAACGAUGCAUUCGAAGCACAAGUUGAGUUUGCACAAAAUAAUCUACUUUUUGCGACAAAUAACGAUCAUAAUGGAAAAAUUAUCGGACAUCACGACGCAAAUCAAGGCAAAGGAGAUUCGAGGCGGAAACGUACUAACACUUUUGCAUGAACGACAAGCAGCGCAAAGUGGCGACAAAGCAACGCAGGAUAUUUUACGCCUCCUAAGCAAUGCAUCAGCUGUGCCUUACUUGGAAAUGUUGAAACUUUGGAUAUCCAAGGGAAUUAUUUACGAUCCCGGUAAUGAGUUUUUCAUCACCGACUGCCAAAACCGCGAAAAUUGCCUUUCCACACAUUCGAUGGUGUACUGGGAAACGCGUUACGUUUUCCAUCCGGAAAAGAUUCCGAUUUACUUCAAGGAAUUUGCUGACAAAAUUUUACGCACGGGCAAAUACCUCAAUGUCAUACGGGAAUGCGGAAAGCCCUUGAAUAUCGAGAAUGACGUCGACUUCAAACUCAUUCAUUCGGAAAAGAAGUACGCACAUGUGGUUAAUGAAGCCUACAAUUACGCAUCGUCGUCGUUGUUGGAGUUGAUUAUGGACGAGUACGACUUGUUGGGACGCUUUUCUUCCGUAAAACGUUACUUUUUGCUGCAACAAGGCGACUUUAUUGCGCAAUUUAUGGAUGCAUGUGAGCAGGAAUUGGUCAAAAAUGUGGAAAAAGUCAUUCCGAUGAAGCUGAAAAGUCUGCUGGAACUCACUUUGCGUCUCAGUUCCGCCAAAUUCGACAAAUAUCAGGAUGAUUUGACAACUACACUCUUGCCAUACGGACUUCUCACGCAAAUGACGAGGCUCAUGAGUGACGUUGCCGAAAAUCUCGAAGAUCCAAACGAGUUAACGGGCAUCGAUUGUUUCUCCUUCGGCUACGAAGUGCAAUGGCCCAUGUCGAUUGUCUUUAAUCAGGGCGUAAUUGCGAAAUAUCAGAUGAUUUUCCGCGAGCUGUUCUACUUUAAGCAUGUCGAGCGGUUGCUGCACCGCUUAUGGGCCAUCAGCAACACUUUUUACAACAUGAAUCGACGUCCAGCCAUCGACUUGUAUCGACCGGCAUUCACGUUGCGACAACGUAUGAUGAAUGCCAUCCAGAAUAUCGAAUAUUACCUCAUGAUUGAGGUGAUUGAGCCGAAUUGGCAUCUCUUCUUCCAGAAACUCGGCAAAGUAAAGAACAUCGAUGACGUUCUGGUGGCACAUCAAGAAUUCCUCGAUCACUGUUUGCAGAAUUGCAUGCUGACGUAUCCGACGUUGCUGAAAAGUGUCAUGUCCGUGUGCAACAUUUGCAUUGAAUUUUGCGAAUUUAUUCAAGUAGAGUCCGAACGAAAAGUCGAUUCUGGCUUUCAAGAGAAAGUACAGAAGUUUUCGGAAGACUUUACCGUCAAAAUUCUCGCACUUUUACGACAAAUUCACGAUUUGUCCUCGCAAAAUAUCUCAGACACGAAAUUCCUGAAUCUCGUUCAUCGCAUCAACUCCAACUCAUUUUACUCGGAAAGCAAAGUGAUUGUUAAUUGAACAAAAAAGUAUUCCCUUGAAAUAAUAAUUUGAUUUAUUUACGGUUUUCGAAUAAAAGUAUCGCCACUAAUUUUGAAUAUUUUCAU